UAUCCAACCCUAUUUUCCCUUUCUAAUCUCUCCCUCAAACGACACUCUCCUACUACACCCAACCUCCCACUCAGCUCUUGGAUCUCCCUGAAUGAUUUUCUUUCUGCUUUCUCUCCACCUCCCCACCAUUUUCUCCAGCUCAUGAGCUGAUCAGGGAGGGCUGUUAGAACUGAGUUCUCGAAAAACCAAAAACAUAUAAACAUAAAAGAAAGAAAGUGGAUCGAAGGCAUGGAAAACGGUCACUUCCUCCAGAAGCAUCAGAGGAAAAAGAGAUCAAAGCGUACAGUGAUGAUCAGCAGCAAUGGACGCAGCAUGAUCAGGACAUGUCGGCCAUGGUUUCGGCUCUUUCUCAAGUGAUAGGCACCAGGGACAACAACCCUAGUGCUACUCGUAUGGUGCAGUCGGCUGAUUCAUCUUCAGCUCUCUCUGAAUCAUCUCAAUUACCACCCCAAGAUCAAGUCUCUUGUGAAGGAAAUGUGAGGAGAAGGCACUAUAGAGGAGUAAGGCAAAGGCCAUGGGGGAAAUGGGCCGCCGAAAUACGAGACCCGAAGAAGGCGGCGAGAGUCUGGCUAGGCACAUUCGACACGGCCGAGGAUGCGGCCCUCGCCUAUGAUCAAGCAGCUCUCAGGUUCAAAGGCACCAAGGCUAAACUCAACUUUCCCGAGCGCGUUCAACAACAAACAAGUCAGAUUGGGUAUUUCAUGGACCACGCAGGCAUGUUCGACGACCAAAGCCAUCGUCCUCCGGCCAUGCCGGCGCCUCCUCCGCCCCUUCCUCCUCCGUCGCUGCCACACGAAUUUCUUCAGUAUGGUCAGCUCCUCUCUAGUAGCAGUGACGCCGAUUUCGCUUAUUUCAGUUCGAAUCUUUACAACCAACCCCAACAGCAACCGCCUUAUUUCCCGCAACCGUCGUCCACCACCACCACCACCACUUCUUCGUCUUCUACUACCACCUCGGAUCAGUACUACUCUUCUCAGAGCUCGUCCAGCUUCUAUUAUCCUCACUAUGGGGAAGACUUCAAUACUAGUUACCACCCACCAAGUGAGUAGCAGCAUCUUUAUCAAGUCCAUUAAAGUACGGGGCUGAAGAUAUUGUCUUUCUAUCUAGUGUUUGCAUGAAUUAUUUUUGUUAUUGCCAUUGCCAAUCAGAAUUGGAGUCUCUGAGGUUUUUUGUCACUCUUUUAGAGGCUCACUGGUGCUAUGAAAAAGGAUUGAGAUAUGGGAUUGGGAUUAAGAUGUAAAAUAGACGAUAUUUUUCUAAGUAUUGGAAUUAUUAUUCUAAAUA